UUGCGUCUCCCGCCUUCUCACUCCCGUAUAAGAGCCUCCCAUUGGUUCAUCCAAUGAAGUGCGACAUGUGUAAACUACAUUUCCCGUAGUGCUCUGUGGUGGUGGGGCCUCUGCUUCCGGCCGACGUGUCUCUCCGGAAGUGCAGCAAGGCCGUAGAGACAUGGCCCCUCCAGCCCCCGGUCCGGCACCCGGGGCCUCCGGGGAGGUGGACGAGUUGUUCGACGUGAAGAACGCCUUCUACAUCGGCAGCUACCAGCAGUGUAUCAACGAGGCUCAGCGGGUGAAGCUGUCCAGCGCAGAGAAGGAGGUAGAAAGGGACGUCUUCCUGUACAGAGCAUACCUGGCGCAGAGGAAGUACGGCGUGGUGCUGGAUGAGAUCAGGCAGUCCUCGGCCCCGGAGCUCCAGGCCGUGCGCAUGUUCGCAGAGUACCUGGCCGACGAGGGCCGCAGGGAUGCCAUCGUGGCCGAGCUGGACCGGGAGAUGAGCAGGAGCGUGGACGUGGCCAACACCACCUUCCUGAUCAUGGCCGCAUCUGUCUACUUCCUGGACCAGAACCUGGAUGCGGCCCUGCGCACCCUGCACCAGGGCGACAGCCUGGAGUGCAUGGCCAUGACCGUGCAGACGCUGCUGAAGCUGGACCGCCUGGACUUGGCCCGGAAGGAGCUGAAGAGGAUGCAGGACCAGGACGAGGAUGCCACGCUCACUCAGCUGGCCACCGCCUGGGUCAACCUGGCCGUGGGCGGUGAGAAGCUGCAGGACGCCUACUACAUCUUCCAGGAGCUGGCGGACAAGUGCUCGGCCACGCUGCUGCUGCUCACGGGGCAGGCGGCCUGCCACAUGGCCCAGGGCCGCUGGGAGGCGGCAGAGGGGGUGCUGCAGGAGGCACUGGACAAGGUGACAAACCGCUACCUGUCACAGCUGAAGGAUGCCCACAGGUCACACCCUUUCAUCAAGGAGUAUCAGACCAAGGAGAACGACUUUGACCGCCUGGUGCUCCAGUACGCGCCCAGCGCCUGACAGCCACAGGACACCUGGGCCAGGCCCCCACCCAGCCUGACCCUCAGCCUCGCCCGUGCCCUGCGCUGCCAAUAAAUGUCUCGCUCUGGCAUCGCUGCCCACGCUGUGGU